GCCAAAAAAAGGGGGAAAAAAUACAAAAUCGAGAACAGUGAAUUCACAUCUUAUAAAUAUUAUUAUUUCUGGAAUAAAACAAGGAACAGAAAUCAACACAAUAUGGUACACUAUUGUCCGUUUUUCCGGGUUUGCUGUUUAGAGUGAAGGAUUUAUGUGUGUGUGUUCUCUACUCCCCCCUUUGGGUGAUCGUUCCAUAUCAAGAGUGGAUGUUUUGGAGGUGUGAAACAUUUGGCUGUUGUUUAAAAACUUGCGUGUGACUCCCAGCAAACCUCCCAUCCACUGCUCGCCCACCGAUUGCAACUCUGAAUUUGCCGCGACGUCGUGUACGGUUGUGGCGCGUGUGCGAGUGCUGCUAGCUUGUUGCGGUAGCGCCGGGAAACGAUGAAAACACUGCAGCGGAUUGUUUUGAUUGUGCAGCGAGUUUUGAUUACGGUCGGCGUGUUCUUGGCGGCCGCCGUCUUAAUACACUUUACCGCCAUCGAUCCGACGGAACGUGCCGUUUCGUGCGACCGGGUUUGCAACCGUGCCGACUGGCCCCGGAUCUGCCGGUACGAGCUGGUGGUGGAAAAACGCACCUUUCGCCCUGGCAGCACUCCCAGCGCCGACAACGUCACGCUGACCGGUGGGAGCCAUUCCACCGAGCAGCCCAUCAUCGUCAGCUACUAUACCGUCAAUGGGCGGUACGUCGGGCCCACGCUGACCGUGUGCGAAAAUGACUUCCUGGUAGUGGACGUCGAAAAUCGGAUCCCCGGCGAGAGCAUUACACUGCACUGGACGGGGCAAAGUCAGCGCCGGACACCGUUCAUGGAUGGGGUGCCGAUGAUAACGCAAUGUCCGAUUGCAAGCUUCACUCGGUUCCAGUACAAAUUCCAGGCGGACAGGGCUGGCACACAUCUGUACCAUGGCUUUGCCGGCGCGGAGCGUACCCAAGGGCUUCUCGGAGCGUUUGUCGUUCGUUCGGCGUACGAACAAAGGCAGUCACCCGUUCUCAGUGCGCUCCACAACGAUCCCGUGUGGCUGGUAACUGAGCUGAACGGUAUGCUGGGUGUCAAUGGUCAGCGAGACUGGACGCAAACACUGAACGGAACGCUCAACCUUCGCGUUCGGCUCAUCUACGCAGUGGCUCACUGUCAGCAUUGGCUCGAGCUGGAACACCACCGUCUGCAUGUGCUGGCCCUCGAUGGGAAUGUGCUGGACCACAACUCAACCCCUUCAGUCAGUCGCAUCCUGCUACACGACGGUGUCCGGAUGGAUGUGGCGCUCACCCGCCUGGCAGGGGACAAAAUUAAGCGCGAUUAUGAAAUUCGCUUUACACCGCACGAAACGACGAGUUCCUGUGGCCGGGCCGUGUUUCGCCUGCACUACGACGCCGAUCGAGCGGCUGCAAACGAUGCUGAAAGUAUUAAAUAUAAUUUAAUCACACCUCCACCCCGUCCAUCCGAAGAGCUGCAGCUCGACCUAACCGGGAAGGCGUGCGGUGAAACGAUGCUGUGCCCGCAGGACCUGCCCGGUGGACGGGAUCAGCUUCCAAAGGAUCUGCAGCGCGGGUACGACACGCGGCUCGAGUUUACGAUCGGCAGCCGCCAGCAAGCCGGCACAGGACCGUUCGGAGAACCGACCCACGAGACGGUGCGCUCCGUGAACGGGUUCACCUUUGCCUUUCCGCCGGUGCUGAUGGUGCGCGAACCGCUGGCGAACGGUGCGCUGGGGGCCCACUGUUGCGGUGGCCAACGGCCGCUGCCAAGAAGCUGUCAGCCGCUGACGGCCCGGUGCGAGUGUGUGCACGUCGAGCACAUCGAAGCAGGUCAUCGGGUGGAAAUGGUCCUAAUUAAUGCCGAUGCUGCGGUCGAUUACGUGUAUCACCUUCACGGGCAGAGCGUGUUCGUGGUGGCGCUGGCAACGGCAGGACGGCCCGGGACGGCACUCGGGGCGUUGAGUGGACAGGCGGGGCAGAGGAUUAGCGCCCCGCUGCAGCGAGACACAAUCGUUGUGCGGCGCGGCUCGACCGUGGCCGUGCGGUUCGUUGCCAACCAUGCUGGACUUUGGUUGCUGCGCGACAUCGGCUCACCGGGCUGGUCCCGCGGGCUCGACGUGUUGCUGAGCGUGGGAACGCCUCAGCCGGACAUUCCGGGCAACUUUCCCGCCUGUAGGCACUUUGCGGGACCGAGGUACUUUUUAAUUUAAGCUGGUGGCGGUGGUAGUAGUUGGCUUUUGCGAUCGUUCCUAUGUGUGAUACUGGAGAGUGGUGAAGAAACGGGGAAGCGCUUGUUGUAAUUUUAUGCAUCAAAAAUAAAGGAGUGAUGGUAGUUUUUAAA